AUGUUUCAUCUUCCGUGUCGCUGCGCGUCUAGAUUGCGAGAUGAGAAGCAAACACCACUAGUAUUCGUGACUGCCUCAUCGCCUCUCGAUCACGUUCCUCCUCGCCCUCCGUCCUCACACCGUCUACCUUCUGCGGCGCCGCAGGUUCCACCUGUGGCUUCCUCGCAUUUGCCAUCAGGCACUCGCCGUUGCCGCAGGCUCUCUCUGGAGUAUCCCGGCGCGGAAUCCGCGUUCGUUUUCGCGACUAGCGGCAGCAAAGUUCGCGACGAGCGUGACGAGGAAAGCCAGGCCAACAGCGCAGACGCCGCGGAACGCCGAAAGCGCAACGGAACUGCCACCGCCCGCUCCACCGUGUCGGCGAUUCGCAUUUCUCUUCCGCGCGACUCGCUGCGCUUCGACGAACAGAGUGCGGCGAGGGCCUGCAGCCAAGAGGACGCCACACACCCGGGAGCGCUGCAUCCUUGCCCGGAUUGGGAGCGGGCGAGGCUCCCUGAGAGAGGCGCACCAGGCCUGCGGAAGACGCCAGGCGAAGCAGGAGCGAGGAAACCGGAAGCCGGGCGCCGAAGCGGAGACGCCUCGACAGCGGCUUGGGAUUUGCGACAGCGGAUUCUCUUUGGGCUGCCGCCGGUUUUCAAACCCGUCACAAAGGACCACGAACCCGCCUGCGACUCAGAACCCCCGUUCGCCAGCCAGAAGCCUGCGGGGCGCUCCAGCGAUCCCAAGCCUGUGGGUGGAAGCGAGCUUAAGGUCCUGCACGACGUAGGGACGGACGGAAAAAACCGCGGCUUUGUGAGGCCGGCUGCGUAUUUCGUCGGCAAAGCGUGCGAGGAGGGUCUCGGUGCGACUGUAGCGCCAGCGUCACGGUCAGAGCCGUCGUUCGUUCCGCGCAUCUCCCUCCCUUCGUACGCGAAGAAUCUCGGCAAGGAGGCGAAGUCGUCCACGGCGCCGUUCUACGAGGCUGUUUGGUGCAGGCCGUCGGCAGACGCCGCGCGAGAGAGAGACAGCGCCGGCGCAGGUGAGAGCGCGAUCGCAGGCGAAGAGCCUCCUCCUACGGCAGCGAGCGGCUCGGGCAAGCCCCUGCUGUACGCGCGGCGCUCUCCAGCCGAAGAGGCGAAUUUGUCCUCCGGAGCAUUCUGCUGGAUGUCCCUUAUGCGUCAACUCGUGGCCGCUGCGGACUCCCCAUCCCACCCGCCUUGUCUGCUCCCUUCCCGGCGGUGUCACGAAACCCUGCCGGUUCCCGCGGGCCCCACGUCGCUUGCCCAGCCUCCGCCUUCGUACUACCUCCCCGCCAGCGCGCCUGCUUACGGCGGCGCCGACUCCCCGCGACUUCCUCACGCCUCCUACAACGUCAACGGGCUCUAUUGUCCGUCGUCGCGGCGCUUCCCGCCUCCGCGCGACCCGAUGCGCACACUUCCUCGCCAAUACGUCUUUGAACCGCCUCCGCCUUCCUCUGCGCCUCCGGCGCUCCGUCUCCCGCAGGCAGACGCCUAUUCGCCCUCGUCGUAUCCGCGAUUCACGGCGGACGCCGCGGAGGCAUCCCCGGCGCCCUACCCGCCGCGCGCGGCGUACUACUCGCCGUCCUUGUAUCCGCACCCCACGCUCUACUCGCCUUCGGCGUACCCCCCCGCGCCACCCGUCGCGACCUGUGCGCCGACCACGCGGGUGCUUGAGACCGCCUACUUCGUCCCUGCCCCCUCGCAUUCCCGCAACGCGCCCUGUUCUCCCGCCACUGUCGUGACCGAGGCUCCGCAGCCGUCGCCGGCGCGAACGUACCCGCAGUCCCCGUCCGACUCGCGCUUCACCAGUGCGAGUUCGAAUCCCCCCUUCUCGCCUUCGCCGCAGACGCUACUUGCGCGGACGCAGUACCCCGCGUCGCCUCCAGAGUCCCGCGAGACGUCGGCGUCGACUGCGCUACUCGAAGCAGACUCCCCGCCUCCGCCUUUCCCAGCCGCUGCCGCAGACCCUCCCGCGCUCGCCUUUGCGUCCGCGCGCGCCGUCGGCGCGACUCCGUCGCUGCCUUCUUCUGCAGGCCGCUCGCCCCUUGGGUCCCCUGUUGGAGCACAGAGGCCCGCGCAGAUGUACCCGUCACGGACGGGGAGCCGAGUUUCCCCGGGGGCCAGUUGCCCCGCGGGCGCUGCGCAGAGCUGUCGGGCUUCUCUCGGGCUCGAAGGCUCGCCGCCGCCUACCGCGGUGGAGCCGCGUCGCCGCAGCCUCGAGACCGGCCCUUCGCCGGAGAUGAUUCGUGAGAAACUCCACAAAGUCAUGGACACCCCCGUGAACUUCAAAAAGAGCGCCUGCGCGUCCUUCAAGCAGUUUGACAGCGACGGAGACGGCUUACUGUCUUUUGACGACCUGCGUCUGCUCAUUGCGCGCCUCUGCCGCAACUUGCAGCUGCCGCCAGUCGACGACGCAGUGCUGCAGGUGAUCUUUACUGCGUUCGACUCGGCGAAGCGCAAACAGCUCGACAUGCAGGACUUCUGUCGCCUCUACUGGGAGCUCCUCGGGAGAAUUCGAGACAAAUUCUACCCCACCAAGAAGAUGCUGGUGCGCCGCUCAGUCUUCGUCGGCCGGCGGAACCUGAGCGAGUCGAAGAAAACGAUUGACGACCUCUUCACCUUCAAAAGAAAACUCGGCGCAGGGGCGUUCGGAGACGUCCACUUAGUUGAAGAGAAGAGUAGCGGCUUGGAGCGAGUGAUAAAGACCGUGAACAAAGACCGGAGUCAGGUCCCGAUGGAGCAGAUCGAGGCUGAAAUCGAAGUUUUGAAAAGUCUGGAUCACCCGAAUAUCAUCAAAAUCUUCGAGGUCUUCGAGGACUAUCACAACAUGUACAUCGUGAUGGAGACGUGCGAAGGCGGUGAACUGUUGGAGCGCAUUGUCUCAGCGCAGGCGCGGGGCAAGUCUCUCAGUGAAUGCUACGUCGCCGAGCUGAUGAAGCAAAUGAUGAACGCACUUGCCUACUUCCACUCUCAGCACGUCGUCCACAAAGAUCUGAAGCCGGAAAACAUCCUUUUCCAAGACAAGUCACCUCACUCGCCGAUCAAGAUCAUCGAUUUCGGCCUAGCGGAGCUCUUCAAGAGCGACGAGCACAGCACGAACGUCGCAGGAACUGCUCUGUAUAUGGCGCCCGAAGUGUUCAAACGCGACGUCACGGUGAAGUGCGAUGUCUGGUCGGCAGGCGUUGUCAUGUAUUUUCUUCUCUCGGGUUGCCUGCCGUUCACCGGCACGAGUCUCGAAGAAGUUCAGGAGAAGGCCACCUAUGCGGAGCCGAACUACGCGUUAGAAUGUCGCCACCUGACGCCGCAGGCCAUUGACUUGCUGAAGCGGAUGCUCACGAAAGAUCCGCGGCAGAGGCCGUCCGCCUCAGAGGUUCUCAAGCACGUCUGGUUCAACCAAGCGAAUACCGCGGAAAUUCAGAUUUCCCCGCUCAUGUGCGACAACAUGAAGAGAUACAUGCGCCAGAGCCACCUGAAAAACGCGCUAGUGAACCUCAUGGCGCACCAGCUGAACGUGACAGGCCAGCAGAUCCGCCACAUCAAUCAAAUUUUUCGGCAGCUGGACAAAAACGGCGAUGGCUUGCUCUCGCAUCAGGAGCUGACUGAAGGCCUGUUGGAGGCGGGAGUCCCUCGCUGGGACAUCAACCGCAUUUUGCAGUCCGUUGACGUAGACGACUCAGGGAACGUUUCCUACACAGAAUUCCUCGCGGCGUGCUACUCGUGGCAAGAGACCGAACUGAACAUUCUAUGGACCGCCUUCCAGAAGAUUGAUAAAGAUGGCGACGGCAAGAUUUCCGUGCGCGAGUUCUGCGACCUGGUUCUGGGACACGACAACAAACUCGUGCCCGAGGAAGAUAUGGAGGGACUUGUCGCGCAGAUGGACAAGAACGGAGACGGCCUGAUCGACUGGGAUGAGUUCGUCGCCUACAUGCGCCACGAGGAGUGA